AUGACAAAUGAUUACCGCCCAACCUUGCUAGCGGUGGGCUGGACUCUCGCAGCUUUAGCCACCAUAGCUGUCGCCUGUCGAAUCUAUUGCCGUACAGUUUUGACCAAUAGAAGAGGAUGGGAGGAUGUCAUCAUGGGGUUUGCCUGGGCUGGUGCAAUCGCCACCACAGUGCUGGUUACGCUUAGUACGAGAUAUGGCUUUGGCUUGCACUUUGACGAAAUCGAGAACCCCGUCAAACAGAGUCUCGCAACCAAGUACACGCUCAUCCCACCCGCUAUUUCACUCCUAUCUGCCGGCGCGGCGAAAAUCUCAAUCGUGAUGUUUCUGGUGAGGAUCUUGGGGUCCUCAGUUGAGAUUUCGUAUAAGCUCGUCCUGUACAUUCCUUCAAUCAUUAUGAUAGGCGCAAAUGUCUUCGCCAUGGUUGUAUUGCUUGGAUACUGCACUCCUCCGGAAAAGGCGUGGAUCCCUUCCAUCCCAGGGCAUUGCAUGUCAGCGGCCACCCUGGACAUUGGUGGAAGAGCUGUUACUGUGUACAACGCUGCCAUGGAUCUUUUAUGUGCAAUUUUCCCUGUCUUCAUGGUCUGGAGACUCAACAUGAAAACACGCACGAAAUGGGGAUUGGCCAUUGUAAUGAGUGGCGGCAUUGUUGGUGCAAUAGCUAGUAUCGUAAAAGUCGUUAUGAUGAGCAAUAUCAAGAAUACCGCCGAUAUAACAUAUUCGUGGGCGCCUAUUGCCAUAUGGUAUAUGGUCGAGCAUACUAACGGACGAAUUCAGAUGUUCGCUAUUAUCAUUGCUGGAUCUAUCCCUACACUGCGUCCACUCUGGAAAGUCAUUCGCGGCCUUCAAUCUACCUCUGAGAGCAACAUCUCCUCCAGCGACCGUUACAACAAGCGAUUCCAGCGUCCCAGUACCGGGAACAGCUCAGCAGGGGCAGGACUGUAUACGAUGGCGCUGCGAGAGCUUGACAAGGAACCAAGUGAUUUGGACUUGAACGGACCAACAUCCAGUAGAGAGAGGAUCUUGUGA